CGUCAGUAGCAAGCGCCGCUCCGCACGGGUGAAAUAUGGACUCGGUCCAAACAGACUGGCCGAAGGACGGAGGAGGGAUGAAGAGGAGGCGUGACGACGAGGAGAUCUCCUCCACCAACAAACAGGUCCCGGACCACGGGGUCAAGGUGGCGAGUCAUUACAACAAGCUGCAGGAAGUGGGUCUCGCUGCUCGCAGCCAGAGCAGAAUCUUCUUCAUGAGGAACUUCAACAAUUGGCUCAAGAGCGUGCUGAUCGGUGAGAUCCUGGAGCAGGUGAGGGGGGCGGAGCCUGGACCGGUGUCAGUGCUGGACCUGGGGUGUGGAAAAGGAGGAGACCUGCUGAAGUGGAGGAAAGGAGGAAUCGAUCACCUCGUGUGUGCAGACAUCGCCGAAGUGUCGGUGGAGCAGUGCCGCAGCCGCUACGAAGACAUGCGGCGGAGAAGUCACGUCAGGGAGAAAAUCUUCACGGCUCAGUUCAUCACAGCAGACUGCUCCAAGGAGCUGCUGUCAGAGAAGCUGGAGUCCACCGAGCUGUUUGACAUCUGCAGCUGUCAGUUUGUGUAUCAUUACUCCUUCGAGAGCGAGACGAAGGCCGACAUGAUGCUGAGGAAUGCGUGCGAGCGUCUGAAACCAGGAGGCUUUUUCAUCGGGACCACGCCGGACGCCUUCGAGCUGGUGAAGCGUCUGGAGGCGUCGGACUCCCUGUCCUUUGGGAACCAGAUCUUCGACGUGUCAUUCCAGUCUAAAGGCUCGUACCCGCUGUUCGGCUGUCAGUACCACUUCAGCCUGGAGGGCGUGGUCAACGUGCCCGAGUUCCUGGUCUACUUCCCCCUGCUGGAACACAUGGCGAAGCGCUACAGGAUGCGGCUGGUGUUGAAGCAACGGUUCUGGCAGUUCUUCCAGGAGAGAGUGAAGAAGGAGCAGCAUCGCAGCCUUAUGGCCAAGAUGAUGGCUCUGGAGACGUAUUCCCAUGAAGACCCUGGUCAACCCUCUGAAGACAGCACAGGAGAGUACUGCCAUGCUAAAGAGUACUGUGGCAGAGCUGGAGUGAAACUCCCAGUGGGAACUCUGAGCAGAUCUGAGUGGGAAGCAGCCAGUAUCUACCUGGUGUUUGUCUUCCAGAAGAUGUCCUGAGUCAACGCUGGGGGUUUGACUUUGUAUUUUCUUAGUUUGUUCUGUUUCACUCCAAACUGUUGGUGACUUGUUGUAAAACAAACUUCAACUCAAACUUGAUGUUUUGUUUUGGGGGUUUAGUUGUUGUUGCUGUUCUUGUUGAGAUAAGUGAAAGAAGUUUGAGGGGACUCAAUAAAUAAAUAAAACCUGAAAUCUGCAGCAUGAGGAGUUCU